GUCAAAGGUCAGCAAAAUGGCCGCCGCCUGUAGUUGACAACGUACCGUGUCAAUGUUAUAACCGAACCACUGCCGCCAUGUGUUUGUGUUUAUGCUGAGUUUAACCGACUUUAAUUCUUGCACUUGUUACCGCAUUCCGACGCCGACAUGUUGCGGGCUAUGGGCGGUCGGAGCGCGCAGGCGGCCCGGCUCCUCGCACCCAGGAGCGCCGUGCUCGUGGAGACGGUCCGGGGCAGAAAGUCCCGCAACGACCCGGUGGCCAAAUCCAAGGAGGGGCGAAUCAAAGUGCCUCCGCCUGUGGAUCCAGUGGAGAUGGUGGUGAUGAAGCAGCGGUUCGGCGAGUACCAGAUGAUCUUAAAGGCGCUCCGUCUGGAGUUUAGGGAGGAGGUGCUUCGAAGGAAGUAUGAGGAGGAGACGGGUUCACUGGCGGAGGAGAGAGCGAGGCAGGAUGCAGAGGAGCAUCGUGCCCUCAUGACCUGGAACGAUGAGGAGAACGUCCGCAUGCUUAACGUCCGAAUGAUGAGGAUCCAGAGAGAAAAUGAAGAAGCUGAGCGCAACAAGUUAGAAGCUGCUCUUCAGCGUGAGCAAGAACAGCAAGAGUUCAUCAAAGAAAGAGAGAGGGAAAUCUUACAGCUGCAGGAGGAUGCCAAGAACUUCAUCACCCUGGAGAACCUGGAUCAGCGCAUCGAAGAGGUGCUGGACAAGCCCAAGAACUACAACUUUGCUGUUGAUAAAGAAGGGAGGGUUGUUAAACAGACAGUCCUGCAGUGAGAAGACCGAGCAACUUGCUUCUGUCUCUGAAUAUAUAGUAACUAUUACUCACCUGUGAACACUGAAACACGCAGCGUGAGAAGACCGUCGUACCCGCAAACAUUUUUCAGAACUUUUAUUGAUAGACAUCUGUCUUUAUAUCAUUCAUGUGGUCAUUUAAGGCCAUUAUCUAUUAUGUCCCUGCUUUAUUUUUCUGAUGUCUGCGUAAUAAAUGAUUGUUUCAGGUUCCAUUAAA